AAAGAUGUGGCUUCUUCUCCGUCUCUGUCAUCUGCUCCAUAUCCACAGUUCAUUUCCCCAUAAAGCUUUUUGAGACAACUGCAUAUCAAUACCUCCAUCACUACUUCAUCACUAUCUCUAUCAUCUCACCACCUCUUUCAUCUAUUUCACAAAUUAAAUACGGAGAUUGAAGAGCCAGCGUCUACCAUCGCUUUCUAUUUUCUCCCUUUUUCUCCUAUUCCACCACAGACUCAAGACGUUUCUUUCACCUACCUUAACGUCGAUUUCCCUCCACCGCAUUCCUUCCUUCAAAAUUGAAGAUUAUAAUGGGAGAGACACAUGUGUUGAUUGUAUCGAUGAGCCAAUUCUAACCUUGGGUACUUUUUUUUCCUUAAAACAACCUCCACAUCGUUUUUUUCUUUUAAUCUGUCUGUUCAGGUUCACUAUCAAAGCGAAGACCGAGUAGAGCAUGACGACAUCCCUCUCCAUCUCUUUUGUGUCUCAGUGGACAUUCGGUAAUCAAUCGAAUCAAUUGCUGGCGGCUUUAAUUGCUUUAGAUAAUGAUGCUCAAAACCACCUUCUUCUAUGCUACAAGAAUACACUCGUGAUUUCUUCACCAUCGCUCCAUCAAAGACCCCUUUCCUAAAAUAUUUUUUUAUUAAGUCUUAAUUGCAACUCAUGAUUUUUGUAUUUUUUUUUCUGAUAUUUAAUAAUAUCUCUCUCUCUCUCUCUCUCUCUCUCUCUCUCUCUCUCUCUCUCUCUCUCUUAUGGUUUUCCAUACCGAUUGUUUGAUUUUUGAAUUCUAAUUGCUUUUGUCAUUUUAAAUUUAAUCUUGAAACCUAAAUUUCUUGAAACUUAAUUUUUAACAGUAGGAUCAAAGCUUACGGGUUCUUCAAAAAAAAAGUAGUUCAUCAGAGUCUAAUGAAGAACAAAAGAAGACAGAGUCAAGAUGAUGGAAAAUGUCAACAUGAUCUUUAUGAACAACCUAAUUGUCAAGUGUCAAAUCGUGGAGUUGGUGCCCUCGACGUUCGUUUGAAGUUCCAGAAGAAGAGUAACAAACAAGCAAUUGUUGGUGAAAAGGGAUCCUUGUCAGGAGUGCAAAUCAGAACUAAUGUAUCUAAUAUAACUAUCUGGUAUAUAAGAAAGCCAUGUCAUUUGGAGAAGUGGUCAGAUCAGGAUUGCGGUUUUACGGAGAGUUGGUUGGACCACGGAGGCCAUAGAUAGCAUUGUUGUUGAUUUAUAUGGAUUUAAUAGUACAAACUUAUAAUUCAUUGUA